AUGUCGAAUCAACAGCACAUCAUCGCCAUCGUUGGGCCGACCGGCAUAGGCAAGACCAGACUCUCCAUUUCCUUGGCACUGGCACUGAAUGGCGAGGUCGUCUCGGUCGACAGUCUUCAAGUCUACCGAGACGGUAAAAUCAUGACUGCUCAAGCGACUGCAGAGGAGAUGAAAGGCGUUCGACAUCACAUGAUUGAUUACCUCGAAGCCGACGAGGAACCAUCACAUUACAACCUUGGAGCCCUCGACGCAAUUGCCGACAUCCACAGACGAGGAAAGGUUGCGAUCUUGUGCGGAGGCUCGACCUCGCUGACCGAGCCACUACUCUUUCAUCCUUUCGUCGCUAGGUGCCAGCCUCUCGUCAUCACAUUGUUCGCCCAGCUCGACGUCCUCGGAGCUCUAACAGAUCGUCGAAUCGAUGCAAUGAUCCGUGACGGACUCCUGGAUGAGGUCAAGGCUCUUGCCGACCUGCAAAAGUCCAUACCGGUGGCUGUAGCCGAGACUUCGGGUAGGGGCGUCUGGAAGGCAAUCGGGUUCCCAGAGCUAGCACCAUGCUUGUACGGCGGCGCAGCAGCUCCAUCCCUGCAGAGUGGCAUCGACGAGAUGAAGCAAGAGACCCGAGCGUACGCUGCAAAGCAGCUACAGUGGAUCUGGACGUCAUUUUUACGCAAAGUCCACGAACGCGGGUUCAUGGCGCUCCUGUUGAGGGUGGACGGCGUUGCUACGUUCGCCCGCGACGUUGAGGAACAUGCGGUCGGAUAUGCGAGUCGAUGGCUUCGAGGGCGCGAGUGGACUGCCGGACGACCAGGCUGGCGCUCAGAGCCAUUUGCUCCAUUUGUUCCCAGUGUCGAGAACAUGGCGGUCGGUGUGGACUGCUGAGCGAACAGGCUGUCGCACGGAGGCGUCUCCCAUCAUAUGAACGAAGCUCGGUCCGAAGGCAUUAUUCGAGAAAAUCUCGAGCUCGACAAGGCCUGGACCGUAGGGAGAAUCCGCUUCACCCAGGUGCAUGUUGCUUGGUUGCCGUCUUUACAGUGGUGCUGAAACGAAGGUGGAAUGAAGGUGGAAGGAUGGAUGUGAGGUC